AUGUUGACACGAUCGACCAAUGCCUCUCCCUGCAUCCCCGGAUUCCACUAUGCACCCACUCGCUCCCCGCGCCACUCGCCUUCCCGCAUCUCGGCCGCUGGUGCACGGCGACCUUCGCCUUCCUCCUCGCCGGCAGUCCUCGCCGACGCCGUCCCUGCUGUGAGCUCGCCGCUCUCCCACCCGCUCUCUGCUGCCGCUACGGUACUUGCUGCCCCCUCUGCCAGCAUGUCGCCCGCCUAUGCGUCCGCCGAUGCUGCCACGCAGUACUCGCCUAUGGAGCCGUUCGAUUACGCCGCCCAUCCCCAUCGUUACCCCCCGCAGCCGUCGACCCCCUUGAACCCGCCUUCGAUUCCGGGGCCGGCCCCGAUGGAGCCAGGCGUCGAGCAGGGCGUCGAGCAAACACAACCAGACCAGCCGUCACAGACACCGUCACAGACACCGUCACAGACACCGUCACAGACACAGUCACAUCCUCAGUCAACAACCUCAACAACCUCACCAGCAGUGGCAGACGGCCACCCCCCAGCAGCCGCGGCCAUGGCACCACCACAACCACCGUCACAACAGCCACAACAGCAGCCACUGCAGACACCCUCUCCCAACAAGCGGCGCAGCUCGCAGAGCGCUACCCCUGGAGAGACGGCCGUCGACGGCAUCGUGUCGCCUUCGUCCCUCGCCCGCAGUUCGCCCACACACUCCAAGCGCGUCAAGGCCGAGGCCGAACCGGCCAAGAUGCUGCCAGAACGCUACGAGCUGUGCGCCGUCGAGGACAUGGUCGUGCUCAUCGCAAACAUGCUCGGCGAGCUGAUCGAGACCAACGACGCGCUGGCUCUCAAGGCCGGGCACCUGACCCGGUUCCACUCGAGAACGGCUCCAGGCAUCUCCGUCCUGGACUACCUCAACCGGCUGGCAAAACAUGCCACACUGACACCACCCCUCCUCCUGUCCAUGGUCUACUACAUUGACCGCCUGUGCGCCAUGUACCCCGACUUCACCAUCAACACCCUGACGGUCCACCGCUUCCUCAUCACGGCCGCCACUGUCGCCGCCAAGGGUCUGUCCGACUCGUUCUGGAACAACUCGACGUAUGCGCGCGUUGGUGGCGUCCGCGUGACCGAGCUCAAGAUGCUGGAGCUCGAGUUCCUGUACCGGCUCGAGUGGAAGAUCGUGCCGAACCCAGAAGUCUUGGCCGCAUACUACCGGCCGCUGGUAGAGCGGUGCUCAGGCUACGUUUUGCCGGCCGACACCACCGACUGGACCAUGGACGUGACCGCGAACGCGUUCAACAACAACUCGUCCAUCCCCGUCAAUCGGGAAGACCGGGAUCCGUCGAGCACCAGCCUGGUCGAUAAAGACAUGGUCAUCUCCGGGUCGGGGAACGGCGCCAGCAAUGUGCAACCCCUCCCCUCGACCUUGGCCAGAGUGACACACGCCGUCGCAAUCCCCUCUUCCGACCAGUCGCCCAUCAUGCGAUCGUCUCCCUUCGCUUCCUUCAUCCUCCUCCUGGGCGCCGUCGCCGGUGCAGCUGCAGCCCAGGCUGACGCCGACGUGGACGUGUUGGAUGCUGCCGCUGCCGCACCAGGCACGCAGACGGCCGCCAUCUACGUCCAGCCGGUUGCGCCGCUGUCGUCGGCGCUGGCCCAGCCGUCGCUGCUGGCCGAGAUCCGCUUUGAUGCUGGCGGCCUGGCCGAGGUGGCCAGCUACGAGGCCCCAGACGCACUCGAGCAGGACAAGCAGGACAAGCAAGACACCACGUUGCUCUACCGCAUCGGCCUCUACGAUCCGGUCGCCAACCGCUGGCUCUCGGCCACGUCCGUCACCGCCGCCUCCAACUUUGCCAAGGGCUACCAGCCGCACUUUGUCCUGACCGUGGCCAAGAGCGGCAGCGAAAGCAAGAACAGCUUCCCGAUCGCGGCGGCCGUUCGCGGACUGCCCAUCGACGCCGGUGCCACGCGCGACUUUGGCCCGCAGGCGACGGUGGUGCAGGUGGGCGCCGGCAAGACGCCGGCGCUGAACCGGCCGGUGGUCCUGAGCCCGGAGGGCAAGAAGCUGGAGGAGCCGGAAGAAAAGACCUUUCUGCAAAAGUACUGGUGGAUGAUCGCGAUCGGCGUCUUGGUGCUGACGAUGGGCGGCGGCGACAAAUAA